AUAUAUAUUAGGCAUUUCGAUAUACGUUGAAAAUCAUACAUAUGUAUAUCCAGUAGAUUUACCUAGGUUAUUGUCAAAAGAUUCUUAUUUCAGGUCACCUACGGUGUGCUCAGCCAGCUCUCCUUGACAGAACCCCCAGCCAACGUACUAGCCAGACUGCGUUCCAGAUUGGCUGAGCUGGAGACGAUGAAAAUCACUGAUACUGCUUGUGCUAAUAUGACAAUGCUCGCCCAUUCCUUCACGUUAGGUCUUACUCGUCUCGCUGCUAGAGACAGAGGUAGAGGAACAUGAGGGAAGUUCACGUAUACGCAUGUACACGCACGUACGCACUCACUCUCUCACUCUCUCUCUCUUACACACACGUUUAAGUUCCGAAUAUAUUUGUAAUAACGAUUUGUAAAUACAUGUGGAUUUGCUAAUGAUAGUAAGCUAAUAAAGCUAACAAACUGGAAAAAGUGAAAUAAGUGUAUUUGACUUCAUUCCAGGAUGACACUGACCAAAGUGAAUAUAGUAGCUCACACACAGAAUAUACACAAAUUUACGAUUUGUUGUACAUCCCCAGCAUUCCUAAAACGUAUGGAAGCAGGACAGGAACAUGUUAAACCUGUAAAUCAGAUGAUGAACUUGUUACUCUUAAUAACUGUGUGAUAUGGAGACAUGUCAUGCCAACUGUUCAUUUUAAAACUGUAAUAGAUCACCAUUUUAUGACGAAAGAAUAAAUCAAUACUGGAAAUCAUUAAUAUUCUCAAUACCCUAUUUCAUUAAACGCGCACUCAAUAGUGGUAUGUGUUCUCUUCGUCCUUUCUUUAUAUAUGAGAAUCCUAUUUGACAUGAGAUUCAAAUUCCAAUAACGCUCUUAACAAGGAUAAGCGGCCCAUUUCACGUGGCUCUCCUCCUUAACACCUGCGCGGUUCCUUCUGGCUGAGGAAAGUGAGGUAAAAUAACCAGGAAAACAAGGAUCAAAAUUAUUGGCGUUCGCUCGUUGCCAUACAGCCUUUAGCUUAUUCAAAGAGUUGAAGCUAGCAUUGUCACGAGCGCUUAUGCGUUAUGGAUACAUUAUCAGUUACAGUGCGCAGAAUAUAGCUUUUAUGUAGGACAGUUCGCUAUACAGCAAACAGCAAUGAAGUUUUUCUUUCGGUGCAUAGCUGUGGCACUGGUGUUUGCAGUCGCCGGCUAUCUUGCGCGAUUAUCUCGAAUGACAAACAUUUCCAGUGAAGUUUUUGUUCCUCCAGCUAUUCUGGAACUCAGUCCGUCAGUGAAGUCCCCGCUGGUGAUAUCAGUGUGCGAAUCUCCGAAUGGCUAUAAUUCUGAUGACAGCCUUGGACUCACCGACGAAGACACGGACUUUACUUAUACCAACAGGUUACGCGCGUCGUGGGCUAGACAGCGGUCACAGAUGACAGCGAUGUUUAAGACGCUCCUGUAUUUUAGCAAAGCUCCGAUCUGGCGCAUAAUCGUUCUCACAGACACGCUGGACACCUUCCACAGAGUUGUGAACAUCACCAGUGCGUUUCCGCGGCGUCAUAAAGAGCGGCUACGUUUCGAACGCCGAGAGCAAUGGUUCCCACCUGGUUAUACUGCAAUCAUAAAUAACUGGCGACCUUGUGCUUGGGCAAAGCAGUUUUUGGCCGAAUCUCUUCCCGAAGAAGACGCCGUUGUCUUCAUCGACACGGAUCUAAUCUUCUUGGGUCCAGCCGAAGAACUAUGGCAGGUUUUAGAGUCGAUGACGCCUCCCCGCGCGGUCGCCUUGGCCCCCGAACCCAAUUACCUUACGGAGUCUCCUCCGCGAGAUUACGCGGGCACCGCGGGGAUCAACACGGGCGUCAUGAUCGCCAACCUCACUCGGCUCAGGCAGCUCCCGGGAGGAGGACUCGGCUCCGCCAUCAUCGCCGAGGGCGCUAUCCAUCCGCUCCCUCGCCAUGACCAGGACGCGCUCAACCACUUCCUCAAACCGAAGCCUCACCUGAUGUUGGAACUGACGUCGCGCUGGAACUUCCUCCCGUCGGCGUGCAUGACCCGAGGCUCGCCCUGCCCAGACUGCGUCUCGUCCGGCAUACUGGCUCUGCACGGGGCUGACAUGACCUUCUUCAGAUUCAUUGAUGUCAAAUUUAAGAUGAUGUAUGCAAAUCUACUCGAACUCAAUUUCGACGAAGCUCCAGCUGCUCUUCUCGGCCGAAUUCAAGCUCAACUCAACCUCCUGGACAGCGGAAGGCCCAUAUUUCCAUGUAGUAAUUACUCGGAAUUCAACCAAGCAGUGACGUACGGCCUCGCCCGCUUAUAGGCCGUUCGUGGUAAUUCUUUUUUCAUUAUGUCUCAUGCCAGCUCAUAAGACCCAAAAACACACGCACACACACUUUAGUUUUCUUUAGACUGUUUUAUGCCUAAGAUAUUCACAGCGUGUUUAAUUUUGUUCACAUUGUCUCAGACCUACUUUUAGGACGUCUUUAGUUCUGCCCAGUCUGACUUAGGCCAAUUUCACGCAAUAGGACUUUUCCAAGUGGAUUGGGAAUCCAUUACCUCGGAGACUAUGUGUGAGAGGAUCCAAUUGACAAUUUCUGUGAAGCGGACCUAACUGUUCUUCACCAGUUACCAAUGUUAUCAGGUUGUUUAUUCAUAUUAAUACAGCAUCGUGUGGGAAAGUAAAAGGAUAUUGACACAAUGCCACAACAAGCAAAGAACUCAGGGGAAGGGUCUUCGUUUUCUUAUAAACAUUGCGGUUUUCGUAUGUCCUUUUUUUCUUUUCGUCUUUCUUUAUAAAUUUUCUGUUUUCAUCUCUUUUAUUCACUUCUUGUUCUAUUUGUUUUCCGUCUACCUUUUCUCAUUUUUCUGUAUAUUUUUUUCCCGUCGCCUUUCUCCUCUUAGUGGCCCAAUACCGCAAGUAGCUAUACAAGCUAAGCGUACUUCUCUUUCAUUAAGAAUGUUCAGUUCAGUGAUAUAUGUGAAGUCUUGGCUUCGCCUGGCCCUUUACCUACGUAAUGAGAAUGUUCAGUUGUUAGAUUUGCGAAGUCUAGCUUCGCCCGGACCUCUUCUCAUGUGUGGUCCGGCUUAAUGAGAAUGUCUGAUUUCACACUAUUUAAUUUCCUACUAUCUCUGGCAUUCAUAUAAUGCCAUCUGAUACUAAGCGAUGAGCGUGUAAAACGAUUUUAGAACGGGUACGUAUUUCACGCCCGUCCCCAAAAAUGUUGCAUAUUGAAAUUGCGUCUUUUGUUUGAGUUUAACAAUUGAGUGCUUAGAACUCAAUGUCCAUUUUUAAAUUACGUAUCAUCGUGCGUUUAAUAUUAACACUUGAAAUUUGUAUUUAUAAUUUAUUAUAAUAGCAUUUUGACGUAGUUGCAUUAUACGAGACCGAUUUUAAGGCUACCAUUAUUAUAUUCGGAAAAUUCAUGAUUUUUUUCAAACUUCUACAGCCACAAAUAUUUCUUUUCGUUUCAUGUACUUUUCUUUAGUUUGUCUGACAAUGAAAAAUAAAGUCGGAUUUAGCUUGGUUUAGCAACUAACACGUUUAAUCCAUUGAAAUCUAAAACGAAUUAGUCUUAUUUGUAGGAGACUGUACAUAUCCGUUUGCAAAACACUUUUACAUCCGCGUAUAUAUUUUCCGUUUAUGGGUUGGUGUAUAUAUUAUAUAUUUGUAGUAUAAGCCUCUGUUUGUGUUUGAGUCUACUGUCGUUCACCUACACGCUCUCACGCAAUAUGACACCCUCCCUCCCACACACGCACGUGCGUGUGAACUGUAUAAAUGUAAAUAAAAAGAACGAAAGCCAACUCACGAGGCCGGUAUGAGUGGCUCUGGAAUGGCUUGACACUUCGGGGUUGCAAGAAUAACUCUCGGCUAAAGCUAUAAAGGCUUGAGAGAGAACACAGGGGCCUUGAUGAAAUUUCCGGUUAAGUAUACAUGCACUGUGUAACUGAAAGUAGUUGAAAUGGUUUUGUUUUUGCACCUGUGCACAUUAUUCAUGUUUAUGUUACAUUAUUUACAUCAUAAUAUAAAAAAUGCAUUGUUUCUAAAUUCCUUAAAAGACUUGAAGUUUGCAAAUUUCAUAUCCUGUUUUUACAACCAUAAGUAAUACAGUAUUUUUUUCUUUUAGUGCCAAUUCCGAUGGACCACUGUUGUCAGUCACUGUCUAAAUCUUGAUGUGACCUGAUUAGAAAUUAAAAAGAAAAGCAAACUUUCUGCGUAGUCUGUGAAAAACCCUAAAGAACAAGGCCAGAUUCAUUUGUUUGUAUACAAGUGAAAAACAUGACCAAUGCUUGACAACUCAAGUAUUUCUGGAGAUAGUUCCAUGCCAAACUCUGGAAAAUCAUAUACCUUAAUCCCUGCUUUUUAAAAGAAAGCAAAUCACCUAUAAUGUUAUGAUUUACCACAGACAAUGAAAUGUCCUAGGUUCUACUGCAUUCUUUCAAAGUUCAAAUUUAAAUUCAUAAUGCAGGAACCAUCCAUUAUAGUAAUACAUCUUGGUGUUGCUAAUACAAAUGACAAUCAGGUGAUAUCGGACAAAUUUAGGGGAAGAAUGGGCAAGCUGUAAUGCAAGGUGCCACCCACAUUCUUGCAAAGUUGGUGGGCCUACUGAAUUUCAGAUUUCCCUUAAUGAAUAUUAUAUUAAAUUGAUUUUACAGUAACUCCAUCUUAUUCAAACUAUCGCAUUAUACUUAGCAUUUCUAAGAAAUAGGUAAAAUUACAUUGAUGAGAAGUGGGAUCACAUCCACCGAGAAACUAGACUAAUUUUUUGUUGUUGCAAAGCUUGCUCUUGGUAGCUUUUUAUUCUAGGCAUGGGUUAUUUACUGUCAUGGCCACUGGUAUUUUGGUAAUGAUUUUAUCUAUCCAUACUACCUAUUGACUUGAACUUUAAUUUUUUAGAAAUUUCUCACUGCCACCAUACUAAUUAAUGAUCACAAUUUCCUGUCCCAUUUGAAUUUGAGAAGUACAUGGUAAAAUGUCCACUACUGUAUAUAUUGAAAACUAUUCAUGAAAUAGCAGUCUUAGGCCAACCUUAGUUUAUCCAAUUAUCAAAAUUUCUCUCUUUGGCGAACCUCCCCACAGAAGCAAGCUUGUAUAAAUUUCCAGUGAACCAUCACCCUGUUCAACAGCCCAGUAAGAAAUCAAAACAAAAGCUCCACAGGAACAUUUUCCUGUGUAGGGAUACUUAGUCUUAAUAUUACCUUGCACAAGAAUUCUUGUAUGAUUUUCUUGAGGGUUAAAAAGGUUUUCCAACACCAGCCCAGACCUUCCAACAUUUUUCUCUGUACUCCAAAGCAAGUAUAUUUCCAUGAAUAUCUUGUAAUACAAUUUCAUUAAAAAAAAUGGCAAAAAUUUACUGCCUUAACUGUUGAUACUGAAUGAAAGUAACAGUUCUGUCAUGUAAAUGCUGCUCCAAAACUACCCUGACCAUCAAAAUUAUAUGACAGACAAUUACAGAAAAUGCAAUAGAUGCCACUUUAAUCUGUGCCAUUACUUCUCCCUCUUGAACACACUGUAGCCUGCAACCUCUACCAUAUUCAAGAUGAGUAGAUAUCAGUGAACCUGUAAAUAAAUAUAUAACACAAAAAUGUUUAAUUCAUUGUGAAACCUCCUUGUCAGGGGCAGAUUUUAGGGAAGAAUAAGUUUCUUUUAUGAGAAAGCGUAAGAGACAAACAAUAUCCCUUGCCUGUUUUUAGUGCCUGGAGAUGGAAAUGUUAAACCUCUUUUAUUGGUAUGAUUAUAAAUAUUCAUAUAAUAAAUUAGGAAAAAUCAGGCAAAUAAAUUGAUAUUUAUUACAACUAUCAUAUUUUACAUUUGUUUCAAAGCCCAUGUUAAUGCGUUAACCGAACACAUAAUAACAUCAUAAAUAAUUGAUGGACUCAAGAUGACAUAACAAGGCCAUUUAGAUUUUCUAGUACUGGUCACUUUAAUGCAACAUAUUACACUGUCUGGAACUUCACUCUCAAAU